UACCAUACUGCGUAGUAAUGGCAUAGAAUGGGUGUGGCAACGUCUGCUGGGCUGCCAUCGAAAAUGUCAGUGCCAGUUCGUACUCGCCUUUGAUAUUAUUUUGCUUUUUUCCUCAUUCAUUUUCCAUGGAAAUAAUACUGAAAGUCAUGUAGAUUUGUGUUCAAAGUGCCCGGUGAGAAUCUCAAGUGUGCAAACACGUAGAAUAGGAUGGUGUGCGCGUGAAGGGGGACAAGGAAAAGCGAGUGAAACUGUGUGUGGUGCACCAAGAGCGCCCCCAAUCACAAUAGGAGCUGGUGUGUGAAAAGAUGGCGGAGACGUCGCGCUUCUCCUGCACGAAAUGCUUCAACGAUAUCUUCACACACUUGCUGAGGAUACACUUUAGCACGGAGGAGCUGGAGCAGCGGUACAAGUCGCGCGAGAUCGACAAGUUGCUGGAGAAGGACAAGCACGCCUUCCGGAGGCAGGUUAAAUUACUUCUCCUCGGCGCUGGUGAAUCAGGCAAAUCCACAUUCCUCAAGCAAAUGCGAAUCAUCCACAAUAUCAAGUUCGAGUCGGAGCUGAUCAGGGAGUAUCAGCUGGUCAUCUAUCAGAACAUCGUCAAAGGAAUGCAAGUGCUGGUGGACGCGAGGGAGAAACUGGACAUCCCAUGGGAGCAUCCGACGUCCGAACUGGCGGCGAAUAAGGUGAAGCUGUUCCAUGGAACGGGCCUGGAUCAGGAGCAGUUUGCGCAGUUUUCACCAACAAUUCACGUCCUGUGGCAGGAUAGGGCCAUAAAGAAGGCUUACGAUAGGCGGAGAGAAUUUCAAAUUAGUGACUCUGUGAGCUACUUUCUCGAUGAAUUGGAACGAAUAGCGAGAUUCGACUAUGUUCCGUCAACGAAAGACAUUCUUCACUGCCGGAAGGCGACGAAGGGUGUCUAUGAGUUCACAAUUCGAAUACAGAACAUUCCAUUUCUGUUCGUGGAUGUGGGCGGGCAGCGGACGCAGCGGCAAAAGUGGACAAAGUGCUUCGACAGCUCCGUGACAUCCAUCAUCUUCCUCGUGUCGACGUCGGAGUUCGAUCAGGUGCUGGCGGAGGAUCGCAAGACGAACCGCCUUGAGGAGUCCAAGAACAUCUUCGACACCAUUGUGAACAAUGUGGCAUUUCAGAAGAUAAGCAUCAUCCUGUUCCUCAACAAGACGGAUCUUCUGGCGUUGAAGGUGCGCAAUCCAGAGACUGACAUUCGCUGGUACUAUCCACAGUUCACCGGCAAUCCCCACUCAAUUCUCGAUGUACAAAACUUCAUCCUGCAAAUGUUCAUGAACGUGCGUCGCAAUCAGCGAUCCGCUGCCAUUUAUCAUCACUUCACCAACGCUGUGGACACACAGAACAUCCAGGUGGUCUUCAAUUCCGUGAAGGACACAAUCCUCCAACGGAAUCUCGCCGCCCUGAUGCUUCAGUGAACCGUGAACACGAGCCCGCGAUCUAGCUAAGAGGACACCUUCCGCCCACGAGGAGAAUUUGCCAUAAGUGAGAGAGGGGGAGAAAGAGAUAGAGCGAAAGAGAAAGAGAGGAGAAAAAUGUGGUUGAACAGUGUUGGGAAAAUCAUAUUUAUGAAUAUUUGUUUCAUACCAGACCAAAAAUUAUUAAACAUUACAUUUUUAUAACACAUUUAUCGCGUAUGUAAAGGUGGGAGUGAGAGAGAAAGAGAAAAGUGGAGAGAAUAAGAAGAGGAAAUGAAUUGCAAAAGGGAAAAAAUGCUACAAAAAGCGAUUAACUAAGAAUUUUGUUGACACUCAAAAAAGGCUAAUUUUUCGUGCCUUCUCCUUUUUUACAUUUAUUGCUAUUAACAACAAGAUGAAAGGGGGAAAUGUUUAGGAGCAACUUUCUCAAUUUUUACAACAUUUUAUAAAUUAAUAUUUAGUAUAGACGAAAAAAAAGGAAUACCAAUACAAUUUUCAUCCAUUUAUAGUGAAAGAUUUUUAUAUCUGUCAAAAUUAAAAAUUUUGUAAUCUCGAGAGAAAAAAAAUGUGAUAUAAUUGAUAAUUAACAGAAAAAAAGGAAAUAAGAUAUGAGAAGAAAUUCAAUUUAGCCAUUUGUCGGUGUAAUAUUAGUAAUGAAUAUAUUUGGGGAAAAAAGGAAAUGCAUGAAAAUUCUUUUUUUCCAUAAAAUCCAAACUUUUCUACAUUUAUACUAUUUGUAACAAUAUUGCCUCUUUUUGAUACAAUCUAACACAAUAAAUGUAAAUCUCUGUAAUAUAGAAGAAGUAACUGGUAAAAAUAACUAGAGGCUGACUUCCUAAAAAAAAAGAUAUAUUGAGAAAUUGACGGAAAGAUAACGCAAGGAAUAAACGGCUAAAGUGCGCGCAUGAAAAGAUCUUAGAAAGAAACCAACUAAAAAGGUUUAAUUUAUUUCUCUGUAAAUAUUUUUGAGUGUGAAAAUAAAAAUGCAGAAGACAGUAUUGGGAAAAUUCAUUAAA